CCAGCCCCCAUCAGUCUUGCUCGCGAUUUCAUCUCGCUUCUCUGGCCCCCUCUUCGUUCUCUCUUGCGGCAGCCCCAAGAAGAGGAGACAUUGGAAACCUAAUCCCUAAUCGCAGCCAUUUGCUCCCUGUUUUGGGUGCAAAGCCUUCUGCCAAUUGGUGAUGGCAAAUGGUGAUUGAUUGGCUGUAGCUAAUGAUCAUUGGAAGUUUUUUGUUUAACACAAUGGAGGUCAAGCAAAUUAAAGAGAUAUACAUAUCUUUGGCUAUUAUUACCAGAAUAUUAUAAGUUCAAUUCCAUCUGAAUGGCGGAUGCGGAAAAUGCCAUACCUGCAACUAAGAAGAGAGUUGCUGGGAGACAAAUCUCAAAAGAUGAUCCCACUCUUGAUGAUGAUGAUGUACCUGAGUCAGAAAUAGGGACUUUUCAGAGAGCCAGUGAUGAGGUAUUAGCAACAAGAAGAAUAGUUAAGGUCAAACGAAGCCAAUCAUCAACAGGUUCUUCAUCGAACCCUUUUGCGGGAAUCUGCUUGGUUAACCCAACUGAUGCUGUUGCAAAAACUUCCAGCACUGAUGUCCAGUCCCAAUCUGCUGAAGUUACACCUGGAGACACUGGGAAAUCUGGAGACAGUGAGCAAAUUGGAAAUGAAACUUCUGACAAAGAAGCUACUGCAACGGAAGAAAAUGGAAAGAAAGCUGAUGAUGUUACUGAUACUAAUGUAUCUGUGGCUGAAGAAAAGGUGAAAAGCAAUGCAGAUGAUGAGACAGAAGGGGAUAAAACUGUAGAGAAUGGAGGGGAAUAUACUGAUGCCAAAGCUAAAGAAACAACUCCUGGGAAAGAAGGCAAAGAAUCUAGCCAUGAGGCUGCAGAGGAAAGUAAGAAGGCAGUUACAGUAGAAACUGAAAAAGAGAAGCCAGAAAGCAACCUGGAAGAAAAAUCUGGACCAGCUGCACACCUGAGUUCAUUUCAGCAGUUGUCUAGCAGCCAAAAUGCAUUCACAGGACUUGCAGGAACAGGGUUCUCAAGCUCUUCCUUUUCGUUUGGCUCAAAUUCCAAGGAUGGAUCUACUACAUUUGGUGGAAAUUCUGGUUCUAUUUUUGGGGUUAAUAGUGAAACUUCAACUUUUCCUUCUUUCGGCAUUGGGAAUUCUAACAAUGAAAAAUCUUCCUUUCAACUAUUUGGAUCUACUGGUGCUGGUGCUGCUAAGAGUGGAACUAGUGGUAUCACUUCUAUGCCAGAAGUGCCCAUUGAGACGGGGGAAGAGAAUGAGAAAGCUGUGUUUACUGCCGAUGCGAUAUUGUAUGAGUAUUUAGAUGGAGGCUGGAAGGAAAGGGGUAAGGGUGAACUUAAAGUGAAUGUCUCUGUGUCAGGAUUAGAGAAAGCGAGGCUCAUAAUGAGGGCUCGAGGAAACUAUCGGUUGAUCUUGAACGCUAGCUUGUACCCGGACAUGUCACUAACAAAUAUGGAGAAGAAAGGCAUUACUUUUGCUUGUAUCAAUAGUGCUGGCGAAGGGAAAGAUGGGCUUUCUACAUUUGCUCUGAAAUUCAAGGAUGCUUCUUUUGUGGAAGAAUUCCGGGGAAUUGUAGCAGCACAUAAAGGAAAGAAAGCUGAAACCGCUAUUCUGAAGACACCUGAAAACUCCCCGAAGGCCUCUGAUGAUUAAAAUCACUCUUGCUGGUUCUGGUGCUUACUGAAAAGGGACAUCUUGACUGCCCUCUUUUUUCUUCUCUUCAUAGCCUGGUAGGUUUGGGGGCCGUUUCAUUCUAGUUUUAUCCGCCGCUUUUUCUGUACCGUCUUCAAGAAGGAUCUGGGGUUAUAUAUAUUACCUGCCGGUCAUCAAGCUAUAGUCAUCCAACGUUUUUGGCAUGUUGUUGGUCCAUACUAUCUGAUGCGUUAGAAUUAGGGUACAUCUGCAUUAGCGGAAAUGCCUUCUUUAGUGAGCUUAUCCUUUAUUUGGGGCAUUAUUAACCAUACUUGUAUGAGUGGGAAAUGAUCUGGAUGAUAAUUAAGCAUUAAAUGAAAACUUUGCCGAACUUUCUUCUUUUAGCAAAGUGUAUUACAUUAGCACAA